AACGCUGUCCGAGACAGCGUUUUAUGCCCUGUUUUUUUUUUUAAAUGAAACGCUGUCCGGGACAGCGUUUCAUGGCCAUAUAUCAGCAUGUUCACUUCAGCAGAAUGCGCAAGAACUUAACCUCAACGCUUUCCCUCCUCCCUCUCACACUAAACCACGACCGUACUCAAACACCCGCAUUGCCGCCGCCGCCCACCCUUGCGCCACCGCUGCUGCCGCCACCUUGCUGCUGCCCUCCUCCCUCUCACACUCACUCACUCAAUUUCGUGGUUAGCCCUAAACUGAAUUUAGUGUAAUUGCAUAGUUAUUGUGGUUAAUUAUUGUGAAUUGUAUGUAAUUGCUCUUACUUGUUGUUAAUUCAUGUCAAUUGCAUGUAAUUUUUGCUAAUUAUUAAUGAAAAUGUGGUACAUUGUUGAUAAUUAUUGAUGGUGAUGUGGUACAUUGUUAUUGAAAUUGUUCAUGACAUUGGUGAAGUUGAUGAUGGUGAAAAUGUUGAAGUUGUUAAUGGUUGAAAUUGGUGAGAAGAGAUGAAAUUGUUGAAAUUAUUGAAAUAGUUUAGGUUGAAAUUGUUGAAAUAAUUCAAAUUGUUCAUGAAAUUGUUGAAAUUGGUGAAGUUGUUGAAAGUGAAGUUGUUAUAGGUGAGAAGAGUCUUAUUUCAGUGUUGAUAAUUUACCUCGCUCUAGAUUUCGAUAAUCCUAAAAUGUGUUUUGGUUAUGUAGAAUAUGGCGUCACAAAAUGUAGUUUUGUUAUGCCGGUGGGGAGGAGAAAUUCUGUUUGAUGGACCCCGGGUCGAGUAUAGUGGGGGAAAUAUGGAACCACUAACACUAGAACCGAACAUGACUAUGAAUGAUUUGAUGAAUGAGGUUCAUAGUAGUAUUGGUUCAGACCCGAUGACCGUUGACGUACACAUUAAAAUGAGGUUUGAGACCGGCAAUGGGGUUCAAGUGUUACCGGUUUCUACGAAUAAGCAUGUGACAGCUCUAAGGAACGUUGUUGCAAUGAAGGGUGUUCCCACUGAAAUAUAUGUGGAAACGGUGCCUAUAUGUACCCAACAAAGUACUCGGCCAGAACAACAAUCUACACGUAUUUCUGGGUACAACACAGAGCCCUUUCAAGUGCCGUCACACGACAUUCCAUCAACUGAAUAUGGGAUGGGAUCUUUCAGUCGAAUGCUGCACGACGAUCCUGGGAUCAUUGCAGCAAUGACUGAUCCGAACGUUGGAUUUACCGAGCCGCGAGCCUAUCACAGAUUUUGUGUUCGCCACAUAGCUUCUAACUUGUAUCGCCAGCUGUGCAGAGCAUCCCACGUAGGUGCUAACGAGAUUGGAGGUCCCCUGAUUGUCCUCCAGUUCUGGGCUUGGGAGCAUAUCCAUGUAGGCAGACCAGGCAGACCUGCGAUACACCGUCGGGGGGAGCAGGACCAGGACGACCAGUACCAGGCGUACGAUGCUCCCCCGCUCCCUACACCGGAUGAGGCAUAUGGUUGCAGGUGGGUGGUACCCAGGCUGACACAUGCUCAUGCGGCGAGGGGUCUUCCGUAUUACCGAGACGCCCUAGACCGACUCACCGAGGACCAGGUGACAUGGGACCCGUAUGUACCUGACUUGGUAGAUGCCAUGCCUCCACAUCUGCUAGACCAUCAGGCGGAGUGGCGUGCUAGGGUCCCCCUGAUCUGUUUCGAGGUUGUGGAGAGUCACCUGCCCGACCGAGUCAUGAGGCAGUUUGGACUACGCCAGACUAUCCCACAGGGGUGUGACACUAGUGUACAGCUUCACGGCAUUGAUCGUCGGGGAAAGGGGGAGACCAGCUGGGCGCUGGAGCAUUGGCGUUUCCUUCAGCUAUGGGAGCAACGGUUGGAGUUCAUCGUUGGAGGUGAUCUAAUGCAGGGGGCUAUGGAUCCCGACGAUCCGUACAUGGUGUGGUACAGGCGUAUCACACGACGCUUCAUCAACCCCAGCUACGCACCACCAUCCACACAUUACCAUCCAGCAUAUGACAUCAUUAGCGGAUAUGCGGCGGAUAUGGUGGCGAUGGUUGAUGCGCUAUCAGUCUCCCUUGAGUGCGGACCCACUAGAGCCCAGGUCGAGCAGGUGCGAGAUAUGGGCGUCGCUACCUUACGGAGAUAUGGUCACGCUCAUCUCGCCCACCGGCGGGACGGUCAUGAUGGCAACUCACAGUUCGAUCUCGGCCAGAGCAGCGGUGGAUGUGAUCCUACGUCACCCAGACACGCAGAGGAUUACAACAUCCACAGUACUGCGCCCUCUGGUACCCAGGAGGACCCCUCGUCCAGUCAGCUGACUCCCCCACCGCCCCGAGACCCAUUCACCACCGUCACUCAUUACAGGCGGCGACGUGUCAGACGGAGGGCCGACACUCAGGAGGCAGGACCUUUACCCCGAAUAAAUGAGUCGGGCUAGUAUUAUCUGUUGUAUUCCCUGUUAUUUUGUGUAAUGAUGUACAUAACACUUAUGAAAUUAAUAUAAUAAAUCUUUUUUGAAUGACUCCGUGUGUGCUUUGAAGUUAAUUUGGUGGUUGGACUGUUGUUGGGCUGUUUCGAGUUUUCUGCAGUGCUUAAAGUUGACGGAACUCCCAGAAUAUGGUGGUGGUACGUGGUGGGGAGUGGCGGAGUUGGUGGUCGACGGUGGUGGGGUAGGGCUGUGGAGCUGGCUGUUGUGGUGGCUGUUGGAGGACUGCAGCAUGCAAGCUGUUUGCUGAAGCUUGUUUUCUGCCUGGAUGCUGGUUGCUGUUUCCAGCAGAAAAGCGCUGUCUGAGACAGCGCUUUAUGUUCAAGCAUAAAGCGCUGUCUGAGACAGCGUUUUAUGUUCAAGCAUA